GGAAGGGCGGGCUCUGAGGGCGGCGCCGUGAGGGGCGGGAGGCGGCGGCUCCGUGAGGGGAGGGUGUGGCGCGGCCACCGGGAUCGGGAGGUUUGAGCCCCCGAGCAAGAGCAGCGUUGCCCAGCGUCGCUUUCGGUUGUGUGGAUGUCGCUGAAAGAGCGGGGCAGGGCUCUGAGGUCACAGGGGAGGAGGUUCCACGCCGUGCCCGUUCUGGCAGCAGGUCUCCAGGGAGCCGAGCGGCCCCGGCAGAGCCUGCGGAGGCGGCAGUGACAUCGGGCCAUGGCUGAGGACGGCUCCGGGCAGCCUGCCGACCGGCGCCCUGGCGACUGGUUUGCCCAUCUUGGAGUGGAGCAGGGCGAGCUGGAAUCAACAACAACCGCUUCACAAAGACAUGUCCUGAACUCGGCAGCCGCUCUGGGUAAGGAUCAUAGAACGCCGCUGGAAUACAAAGCCCGUGUGCAGGAAGCAGGAAACAACAAUUUCCCAUUCUCUUCUCAUGAUAACAGACAUGACAUAUGCAAUGCAGCUGAGUAUUUUGACUUGGGCAUGGGCCUGAGGAAGCAGGAUCCGGAGAAACAGAAGCAGAACUCCCAUAACUUCUUUGAGUGGGCCCGUGCACCAGGCAGGAGCAGCAGCGAAGGCUUUGUCACCGUUUACCAGACCUCCUUCAUGGCGGCUCUGGCCUCUGGCAAGGAGGGCUGCUGCUGCAGGCGCUACCCCAAACACCACAUCCACAGACCCUCUAGCGUCCAGAAAGAGUGCAGUCACCACCCUGCUCCUGAGGAGGACAGUGCCCUGCAGCCAGAUGAGACAUGCUAAUCAGCAAAACGCCUCUGGAGCACCGACCAAGCAAAUCUGAAUAUUCACUACUCAAAACAAUGCUGAAGGAAUAAACAAAUCUGUAAAGUGCACCUGAGAUUCGUUGACAUUACUCUCCAUUACUAAGAGGAGCAUUAUGAGGAAAAAAAAGAUUGUGCAUAUUUUUAGACAUACUAGGAGAACAGAGAUAGGGAUUGUGCUUGAGUUACCUGAUACUGGUUGACCCUCAUCUUAUUACAAAAGCUCCUUCAGCUUCUGAAUCAGUGGCAGGGCUGUACCACAGGCAGCUGACAGCACCUGCAUUGUCACAGGAGCAUGAUGGAACUAGAUCCUCGAGGGAUUGCCAUAGCAGGGAGCCAAAUCCCUGUGUGCUCAGGUAAGAGAGAAACAUUUCUGAAAGGUUUCAUAGCUGAGAAGGCAGGUGACCAGCCAUUAGAGAAAGUAGAUAAAAAAGAAACUGUACAUUAGAUUGCUGUGCAAAAUAAGUGUCCUGUUUGGUUAUAGCUCAGCAGUUGUAGAAGUGAAAAAGAGUGUUGUGAGCAACAUUUGUGCACUCAAAAAUUUGAUUCGUGGCUGUAAGGGGUUAAAAAACUCGAGCUGAGGUGGAAGGCUGCAUGGAGGUUUGAGUUUGAGAUGGACUGGAUCUUAAAAGAACUCAUGACUUUAGUUACAUGUCCCCCAGGAAGAUAAUUCAAACCCAAUCCUCCAAGCACUCUGCUCCCAGAAUAUUCACUGAUGUUAGGAUGUGGCAGGCAGUAGAGUCAGACCUCCAGAUGAUGUGUUUUCCUCUUCUGGAUCAUUUCCAUUAAUACCAAUAAAAUAAUAAGCUAAACUGUGUGUCUUAAAAUAUCCUGCAAAUAAGCUUGUUGCUAUGCAAAAUAAUGUUGACUAAAAAUAAAUCAAUCAUAAGCUUAUGAGAUAAUUUCCUUUAUUUACAGGAUAAAUGGAAAAAUAAACCCUUGACCCUUAGAAUUCCCUGCAUUGUAAGAGCUGCCUUGACCAUGAGCUCAGUUAAGAAAUGAGAUUUCUGCCUUUUGGUGAACACAUGCAUUUUUUUGGUAUCAGUGUGCAGUGGCUGAUGGCCUUUUUGUGUGCCAUCAAAAUAGAUGGGAUUAGAUUCCCCAAACAUGUAGCAGAUGUAUUAGUACAUGUUGAAAUAAAAAACUCAUGUUUUAAAUGG